GAGAAGCAACCCGGCUCGUAAACACAAUACUGUCCGGGUUUUAAUUAACUGAAAGAACAUGAUACAUGCGACUAUUUAAAUAGGGAGUUUUUCAGCCCCUCAAAAUGAAGCGUCUUUCCCUUGUGGAGCCUGUGGUGGCCCUCUACGCUUUUUCCAGUUUCCUCAUCUAUCCGCUCGUGCAGCAGUACGUGUACCGGAGGCUCUGGCAACAGCUGACAAACACCACAUAUCCCAUCUCUGGAAACACCUCCAGAUGUGCAGCAAACAGCAGCAGCAACCACUCAGUCUUUCAGCAGGAGGUACAGAGGCAGGCGUCUCUCUUCUCCCUUUACUCGGAGCUCCUCUCCACAGUCCCAUCGUUGGUCGUCACUCUCAUGCUGGUGGCCUACAGCGACCGGGGAGGACGCAAGAUCACCAUCAUCAUGCCUUUGGUCGGCACGUUGAUCUAUACGUUGGCCUUCCUGACUGUGUCCUACUUUGAGCUCAACAUUUAUUUGCUCAUCGCCUCCUCACUUCUCAGUUCUCUGUUUGGUGGUUUGGGCACAUUUCUCGGAGGCUGUUUUGCCUAUAUAGCCGACUUGUGUGAGGAUGGCCACCAGAAGACGCUGCGCAUGGCCGGACUGGACAUGAUGAUCGGCCUGUUGUCCGGAGUGGCAGCAAUAUCAACAGGCUACUUCCUGAGAGCUGCAGGCUUUAACUGGCCUUUCCUAACCUCUGCACUAUGUCAGUGUUUGAUCCUGCUCUAUGCAAUAUUCAUCCUAGAAGAGACUGUGAAGAAGGCUCCCACUGACAGCGUCGUUUUAGAUGGGCCUCCUCAGCACUCGGCCAUUAAACAGAUGCUCUUUGGGGUCUACUACAUGUUUGCACGGGCCAGCAGCAGGUGUAGAAAUGUUUUGGCCCUCCUGAUGACCAUCUUUACCAGCUUCUCCUUUGCCUACGUAGGGGGGAUCUCGCUGCUGACACUGUAUGAGCUCAAUGAGCCGCUGUGUUGGAGUGAGAUUCUGAUCGGCUAUGGCUCGGCGCUGUCCACCACAGUGUUCCUGGUCAGUUUUGUGGGAGUGUCAGCACUCACAUACUGUGGCGUACCACAGCUGCUCAUUGUCCUGUUGGGGAUCCUGUCCGUCGCAUCAGGCAUGGUCCUCGCGGCAUUUGCCAAGACAACCUUAUUAAUGUUUAUAGUGAGGAUACCGAUGCUUCUGUCUAUCAUGCCUUUCCCUGUUCUGCGCUCCAUGAUCUCAAAGAUCAUCUCCAAGUCUGAGCAGGGCGCCCUGUUUGCCUUUCUUUCCUUUCUGGAGAGUUUGACCAACAAUGUAUCCUCAGCAGUCUUCAACAGUGUCUAUGCUGCCACAGUGGCAUGGUAUCCAGGCUUUGUCUUCCUGUUGUCUGCAGGACUCUGUGCCAUUCCUUUGUUUGUUCUGGGGGUGGUGGGUCUGAUUGGAACAGAUGUUGCCAAAGAGGACAGAAGUCCAGAGCCUUCAGUCUCAGAUGACGACAAUGCUAUUGAAGAACUGAAUGAGAACAAUCCCCUCAUUAGCUGAGUUGUGUUGACUACCAAAACCUCAAAAGCACUUUGUACACUUAUUUUAGGAUACUUUUUUUCAAAAGUACCUCAGUAACUCCUGUUUUUAGCUUGAUAAGUCAAUAAUGCAGAAUUUCACCUCUUCUUUUGUUGCUUUGUCUUGUACGCAGACGGGUUCCGAUACAGCAUUUUAAAAAGAUAUUACAUUCAUAAUGUUGUUGGAUUAGAGCCAUGCCAAUAUGGUAGCAGUAUGGAGUAUGACAUCCAUCUAAUCUAUCAGGUCUUCAAUUAAGAACAUUGUGUGAGCAUUCUCAGACAUUAUUUUUACCUUCAAAUAGUUUGACUGUGACAUUUUAAUAGAUUGAAUGAGUUUUUAUGUGUGUUUAUUCUAUGAAAGUGAUUUUUAAAAAUAUAUGUAGUUGUUUUCAGAGUUACAGGUAACAUGCCUUUUGUAUCUUUGCCUCUCAGGUUUUGUGUAAUAUUUGUCUAGGUGUUUAUGAAGAGCUCUUCUUGCACUCUAAGAAGGUAAUUCAUGUAACGCAUCAAAUAUGCAGUGUGUCAUAAAUUGUGUUUAUUAUAAUUUGCUUAAAACAAA